AUGGAGGCCAUCAAGAAGAAGAUGCAGAUGCUGAAGUUGGACAAGGAAAAUGCCCUGGACCGGGCAGAGCAGGCUGAAACGGACCAGAAGGCAGCAGAAGAAAAAUGCAAACUGCUGGAAGAUGACCUGCAGGCUCUGCAGAAGAAGCUGAAGGGAACAGAAGAUGAGCUGGACAAAUAUUCAGAGGCCCUGAAGGAAGCUCAGGAGAAACUGGAGCUGUCGGAGAAGACUGCUGCAGACGCGGAAGGCGAUGUGGCGUCCUUGAACCGCAGGAUCCAACUGGUGGAGGAGGAGCUGGACCGGGCCCAGGAGAGGUUGGCUACAGCCCUGCAGAAGCUAGAGGAGGCCGAGAAGGCAGCCGAUGAGAGUGAAAGAGGAAUGAAGGUCGUGGAAAACAGGGCCAUGAAAGACGAAGAGAAGAUGGAGAUCCAGGAACUGCAACUUAAGGAAGCCAAACACAUCGCAGAGGAAGCUGACCGCAAAUACGAGGAGGUGGCCCGUAAGAUGGUGAUCCUUGAAAGUGACCUGGAGAGAGCAGAGGAGAGGGCAGAGGUUGCAGAAGUGAAGUGUAGCGAUCUGGAAGAAGAGCUGAAGAACGUCACCAACAACCUGAAAUCUCUCGAGGCCCAGUCUGACAAGUACUCUGAGAAAGAAGAUAAAUAUGAGGAGGAGAUCAAGGUCCUAAGCGAUAGACUUAAAGAGGCGGAAACUCGUGCGGAAUUUGCAGAAAGGACAGUGGCCAAGCUGGAAAAGUCCAUAGAUGACUUGGAAGAUAAUCUAACGCAUGCAAAAGAAGAAAACAUAGGAAUGCAUCAAGUCCUGGACCAAACACUGCAGGAGCUCAAUAGCUUGUAA